GCCAUUCCUCGAACCCGUCCCAGCCAGGCUGUUAAGUCCAUCCGCAGCAGUGCAGACGGAGAGCACUCGGGAGCUGUAUAAUGCCUCCGAGCAGCGCGUGCUGGACUGUAACAGGAGCGACGGUAGCGUGUGUUCUCGCUCUGUACCGGCACCGAGUCCCGCGCGCGCUCGCUGGGGGAGACUCAGGAGAGUUGAUCACCGCUGCUUGUGAGAUGGGGGUGGCCCAUCCCCCUGGAUAUCCUCUUUUCACCAUGCUGGCCUCGCUGGCCCUCCGUCUGCUUCCUGCCACUUCUCCUGCACACGCUGUCAAUGUGCUGUGUGCUGUGCUGGGGGCCGUGGCUAGCGGGGCGCUCUGCUACACCGUCUGCAGAAUGGCUGGGCCUGGUCCGGGAGCUGUGCUGGCAGGUGGAAGCUUCGCUCUAUCCAAACUCGUGUGCCAGUGGUCACUAGUGGCUGAAGUCUUCUCACUUAAUAACCUAUUUGUGGGGUUCCUUUUCUCCCUCUCAGCCUGCUUCCAUAAUGCAGAGAGUGUGGACCAAAAGAAAAAGUUUGCUCUGUGGGGGGCGCUGUGCUGUGGUCUGAGUCUGUGUAACCAGCACACUCUGGUUGUGUAUGUGCUAAUCAUCAUUCCCUGGGCUCUGCUCCAGCUCUACACUUACAAAGGGUUGUGUUUUUCAACCAUAGUAUCUCUAGGUGUGUGUUUCCUCACCGGAUUCCUGCCCUACCUCUACCUUCCUAUUUCCUCAUACCUAAACAAAGCUCGAUGGAGUUGGGGAGACCAGACGACCCUCAGCGGCCUGCUUACACACCUGCUCAGGGCUGAGUACGGCACCUUCAGCCUGGCAAAAUCUGAGGGUAAAGUUAACCUGGUGAGGAUGCUACAAGCUCAGUUUAGUCACUGUGUGGCUGACCUCUCUGUUCCUGUGCUCAUAUUCGCUGUCAUGGCUCUCCUGCAUGCUUUAUGUAACAGGAGAUGCCGUGCUUUCGUGUGCCUGAUUGCUGUUAUGGUGAGUGUGUAUUCAGUGUUCUUUGCCUGGAGAGCCAACCUGGACAUUGAGAAUCCCCUGCUGCUUGGAGUUGUGGAGCGGUUCUGGCUACAGGCUGAUGCUGGUGUGUGUGUUCUGGCUGGUGUGGGGCUGACCUGGACAGUGUGUUUGUUGGAGAGAUGGCUGGGGAUGAGAUCUGUAUGGAACGUGGGAGCCUGGUUCCUUACUGCAGGACUUCUUUCACACAUGAUUCACUUAAACCAAAGAGAGUUUGAUCAGAGUAGGAACGAUGUUGUGGAGAGAUUCGCCCGUGAGCUCAUUUUCUCGUUCCCAGAGAGCUCUUUGGUGCUGACAAGGGGUGAUCUUCCUGGGAACACACUCCGCUACUUGCACUACUGCCAGGGCUUGCGGCCAGACCUCAGCCUCAUUGACCAAGAGAUGAUGACCUAUAGCUGGUAUGUGCCUAAGCUGCAACAGCAUCUUCCUGGAGUAAAGUUCCCUGGAAGAGUUUGGGAUCCAGUUAACACUGAACAGAAGAAUAGCUUUAACAUCGAACAGUUUAUCCAGCACAAUAUACACCGGCCUGUAUUUGUGUGCAUUGGAAUGACGGAAGGAGACCAGAGUUGGGAGAAGUCCUUCUCCCAGUGGCCUUGGGGUGUCUGUGAGCAGCUGAUGCCCCUCACAAGCCACCUGCACCCUGUGGCGUGGGUACAGCGCACACAGAAUCUGUACAACUGGAGUGAGGCAUAUAACAGCUUUCCUCCUGGCUCAUGGGAGCAAGUGGCCAAUGAGGAAAUGUGGCAGGCCAGGAUGAAAACGGCAUUCUUUCUCUUCGACCUUGCCGAGAGGAUGGAGGGAGGGGGUCAGAUUCACCUCUAUGAGCUCUCUUACAAUAUGUAUUGUCAAAUCGUGUAUGCCCAGAUGGACUAUCCUGCUAAUUGGGAUAAGAAUCUGGCUUUGGCUGCUGAGCGCUUGCUCCGUUUAGGAGGAGGACAUCAUGAGCUAGAGUCUCUUCUGAGCCACAGUAUCCAUCACUUCAGCCGGUACCUUGAGAGAGAGCCCAUUGACCCUCAGAGCGGCGCCAUCCGUUCCGCCAUCACACACCUGAGCAAGGAGAGGGACAGACUCAGAGACUCGCUCAGGAAAAACACAACAUAGACCCUAAAGAAACUUCGGAAAAUCUGAACACUCUUUACCAGAUAUAUAUAGCUGUACUGUUUAAGGGAAUAGGAAUACCAACAAGAAAGGAAUUCCUGAUACAGAGUCAGGUGAGGAUCUUAUAGGAAAGAAGCAGAGAGAAAGAAAGAUUAAUGCUGCCAAUUUCAGUGAGAAUCAUACAGGUCAGUCGUGCAGUUUGAUGAGAUACAUGGUGGUUUAUUUUGGUACUGGUGUUGCAUUUAAUAGAUACAGUAAACUGAGCUAUCUGAUUUUAUUUGGCUGUGUGAUAAUGCCAUUAGUUAGGUAUUGAUGAAAGCCAGGCUGUUAAUGAGCCAUCUAUGUACAUUUAUGUAAAAUUUUUUUUUUGCUUUGUAAACACACAGUAUGUGUUGUAAUAACUUUUGAAAAAUAUUAGACACGUUUCUAAUACAGCAUUGUUAUUGCUGUCUGAGACGCUGGGAGGGGUUUUUAAAGUUGAGAUGAAAUACCAGGAAGAGAAAACUUUCUGAAAAAUAAUGGGUUUUUUUUUAAAGUUUGAAUUCACUCAAUGUGUGCU